AUGUUUAGCAGCAAAGACAAUAUGUUUGGCUAUAGCUCGUCGUCGAGCAACAGCCCAUGGACCGACACCAUGUCUUGGGAGACUAGUCUUGCUCACAAUGGUGGGCUAGCCCAUGACCAGUACGGUACCUCGCUGUCCGAUCUCGACUUGUUCGCCCUUGCCACCACACCAGGCCAAUUCAUCUUCGAUCAGUCGACCGCACUACCGACGCCGCCCUCGUCAUCCAACUCUUCGCUCUACGAUUCUUUCUACAGCCCGGACUUCACCUCUUCUCCACCUCCAGGUCAAGCCCAAACUUCAUUGACCUCCACGCAAGUCUUUCCAACCACCGACUUUGUGCUGUUCCCAGAGGGCCCCCAAAGCUGUGCCACAAGUUAUACACCACCUCCUCAGCCUCAAGUCGCCCUGCAGCGUUCCGUCACCGUCUCUGAGUCUGCUGCUGCUGUCAGGGCGGCCAAGCAUCUCAUAUAUGUAGACAAGGCCACCUCCACAGCCCACGAUCAGCCGGCUGAGCGGCCCAAUAAGAGGAUCAAAAUCACACGAACACCACCGGUGACCGAGAAAAGAAAGAAGCCGCGCCACGAUUGCAAGCUAGGCAAAUGCAGCAGAUCCUUCGGCCGCAACUCUGACCUGGUCCGUCAUCAGCAGGACUGGCACGGCCUCUCUGAUAAAUUCUAUGAAUGCGAGGCAGAUGCUUGCCUGUAUCGCACGAGGAGGAACGAUAAGAUGAAGGAGCAUUGUCAGAGGAUGCAUGGUCAUUUGAAGGGCACUGAGAGUUUCUCUGUUAUCCCUGGCCGCAAAGAUGAGUCGGGAGAGGUUGGGGGCGCGAAGGGAUUAUCUGAGGGCGACUAA